AACCUGCGAGUCCGGAGCACGGGGGGGACAGAGUUUUUCACGCGCUCAGCCACCAAGUUCAAAGGGGCUUUGGCCCAGAAGUUCAUGUUUGUGGACGGGGACCGGGCUGUGUGUGGAUCCUACAGCUUCACCUGGUCUGCGGCGAGGACGGACCGAAAUGUCAUCACGGUCCUCUCGGGCCAAGUGGUGGAGGCAUUCGACAAGCAGUUCCAGGAGCUCUACCUCAUGUCCAAGGGGGUGAGCCUCAAGUCCAUCUCCAUGGGUGAAGAGCCUGAACCCGAGCCCGUAACGCUGCCCUCCGUCGUGCCGGUGACCCCCGCCAAUGCCGUGGUGAAGAAGUUGAUAAACCCUAAAUACGCCCUGGUGAAGGCCAAGAGCGCUGACCAGGUCAGCAAGACUUCAUCCGAGAACCAGGACAAAAACCAGAAAACAGACAACAAAGGCAAAGCCCUGCCUGAGGGCCACGUGGGUGACAGGCACGGCGACAUGGCAGACCUCUCCCUGCUCAUCCACCCCGGCCUCCUGAAUCUAGAGAAAGCCAACAUGUUUGACUAUCUGCCCACCUGGGUCGAGCCUGACCCCGAGCCCGGAAGCGAAGUCUUGGGCUACAUCAACAUUAUCGACCCCAAGAUAAAGAACGUGAAGCUCUCGCAGAUGAACCGCAUCAAAGUCUGUGACGUCUCCCAGGCCAGUGCCCAGCACCGGCAGAUGCUGAAGAACAGGGAGAUGGAGGCCAAGAAAAACUCAGACCAAGAGCCACCUCUGGUGUCCCCCUGCCAAAAACAGACCCUACAGACCCCCAUGGAAGCUCCUGCAGCCCCCGCUACCAGCCCCUUCGAAGGCGCCAGCUGGACAACAAAGCAAGCAGGAACGUUUGCCACUUCACCCUUGGGCCACCGCUUGAAGCCACCAGAGGAGACACUGGAGGACAUCAAACCCCCAGUUCCAAAGCCAAGGACCAUCCCUGUUGGUGUCAUCAUGACCAAAGUCAUUACACCCUGUGACAGUGGCACUGCCCUGGAGGGUGACACACAACCACCACCGGCCGACCACAUGGAUGUGAAGCAGGAACCAGAGAACCCCAACGGAGCCUCAGUGGAGACCUGCCAUCUCCAGCCAGUGGCAGGGCCACGGGAGGACAAAGGGCCUCCCUGUGCCCUCAACGGGCUGGGGGAAGAGGAGGAGGAGGAGGAGGAGUACAUCACUCUCAGUGACCAGGAGAGCUACUCCAGCAGCUCUGCUGACCACAGCUACCGCCGCUCCAACGCCUCUUCCAUCUCAGACGAGUACUUUGAGGUGAGGGAUCGGUACGGGCCGCUCCGGCGAACCAACUCGGAUGUCACCCACAAUGGGGAGAUCCUUCCCAUGCAGAGGAAGCUCAGUGACCCUCACAUCAGCCGGGGAACCUUCCUCAGCCCCCUGGGGAGCCUCCCAUCCCUGAAGCAUGUCCGUGUGGAGGAUGUGACGAAGAGGAGGAGCAACGCCGUGGAGAUUAGGUGUGUGCUGCCCCGCACCAUCCUGGAUGGCAACAGCUCCUACCCCAGCAGUGCUACACAGGGCAUUUAA